GUCUAUAUUUUUUAAGUUGUCUCUGUCACGUGGACGAGAUUUCAUGCUUGUUGCUAUCGGCUUUUAUUCGAUAAUAUAUUAUCAUUGCUGUUAUAAAAUUUGUUCAGCAUUAACAAUUUUUUAUUUAUUCUUAACAUUAAUUAAUUAAUGUUCAUGUAAAUGAUUUAUUCAUAUUGCGGGAUAUACUCGAGUAAUGGUAUAUAGAUUAGUAAUGAAUUUGUCAAUGUUAAUAAUUGUACUUUAACUAAUUAGGACGUACAGAAAGCGCCCGAAGAAAAGAUCAAAAAGAAGAUUGUGAAGAAGGCGAAAAAGGAGCCGAAAGAUGCAUCCAAGAAUAUAAUGCGUGAAGUGAAAAUCCGAAAGUUAUGUCUAAAUAUUUGUGUAGGCGAAUCUGGUGAUCGUCUGACUCGUGCUGCCAAGGUUUUGGAACAACUAACCGGCCAGCAACCAGUAUUUUCCAAAGCUCGUUACACGGUACGUUCAUUUGGUAUCCGUCGUAAUGAAAAAAUAUCUGUGCACUGUACUGUACGUGGUGCCAAAGCCGAGGAGAUUCUGGAACGAGGUCUAAAGGUACGCGAAUAUGAGCUAAGGAAAGAAAACUUCUCUUGCACUGGAAACUUUGGUUUUGGCAUUCAAGAGCACAUUGACUUGGGAAUCAAAUACGAUCCCAGUAUCGGUAUCUAUGGUUUAGACUUCUACGUUGUACUUGGACGUCCAGGAUUUAACGUAGCACACAGAAGAAGAAAGACUGGUAAGGUUGGUUUUCAACACCGUCUUACCAAAGAAGAUGCCAUGAAAUGGUUCCAGCAAAAAUACGAUGGUAUCAUUAUAGCUGGAAAAAAGUAACAUCAAUUGUAAUAUACAUACUUUUCUCAUUAAAAGAAUUUUAACAGGAA